UCCCUUGGGAACAGUCUUUGUCUUGUACGGCCUGCAUUGUAAUACAACUGCUUUGAGUGAAAACACGGGUAAACUGGACUUUGCUUCAAAGACAAAUACGUUGGAACCGAGUGAACUUUCAGUCGCACUGAAGUGUUGGGUAAAUUUCCGUUCUAUUUGAGCUGUUGCGGGGCUGGGCACUUUUUAGUUGUUAGUCGUGGGGGUAACUUUUCAGUCAGCUGUUGAGUAAACAAAGGUGACAAUGUGAGGUUACCGUCGCAAAGCAUACAUCCACAAUGUUCAAAGCUGCUACACCAAUAGGUCGCGGCUCUCGGGCGUCCACGGCCCCAGCUGCACCGGGUACCACACUGUCGUCGGGGAGAUCUUCUCAGCUGGGAUCACAGGUGGGGACAGCCCGCCGGCUAUUCACGCCAAACCAAAGAGUGAGGUUUCCAGUGAUUCCUGCGUCCUACGGUCCGACUCCACCCAGCUCUGCGUCUUUCAGUCCUCCUGGCUCCAGUCAGUUUUCCCCGCCCAGGUCCAAACCGGCCACCCCGAAAAUUGCCUUCCAACAAAUCACGCCACCCGGAUCCAAACAGCUGUCUCCACCUGGAUCUUACCAGGUGACUCCACCUGGAUCCAAACAGGUGACCCCACCUGGAUCCAAACAGGUGACCCCACCUGGAUCCAAACAGGUGACCCCACCUGGAUCCAAACCUGCUAGUCCCCCUGCUAAAUCGGCGUCAGCUGACUUGGAUCUCCCGUCCAGCAGGACGACGCCUGGACGCCGGCAAUCGCUGGAUGACUUCUUCCCCAAGAAACCACAGAUAUUUUGGUACGACAGGUACGGUUUCCCCAAGCACCUUGAGGUGAAGAAGUGCCGCCGCUCCCACACAGUGGACCUGCUGUCGGACUCCACACAAGUGUUCCCCGAGGCUUACAUCUUCCAGCCGUACUUGUUUAACAGGAAAGACGGCAGAAUCCAUCCUCCCGGAAGUACAGAGUAUGACUCUAGGUUCAAGUGGGUACCCUCCCCCUUCUACCGACAGCACUGGUUCCAGAUGAAACUGGUCGAGAGAGCAAAAAAUCCCCCACGACAUCCUUGGUCACCUUCCACGAUAGUGGAGUCCGUUCAGGAUGGAGCACCUGCUGCUCUGACGUCACCUGCAGAAACAUGCUGCGCCGCAAGAGGUCGCUGGAGUUGGAUCUGCAGGACCAGCCACGCCACAAGAGGUCGCUGUUGUUGCAGCGCCCACUGUGGUGGCCACACCGCAGGAACUGGCGGUGGCCACGCAGAGGUGUUCGACAUAACAACAGUAUCACAGACAACAGACGCAAUGUAGAAAAAAAACUCCGAAAAGAAGGUCCACGCAAUUUGAAACAAGAUGCUAGGUGACCCAAAACUAUGUCACUUCUUUCCGAGACAAAAAGCUAGUAACCAACCGAAAAACCAUGACCCUAACAUAUCCAGAAAGAUCCAGAACAUGAGAUAUCAAAACCGGAAUUUUUGCUGGACUACCACAGAGAGCCGCUUGUUGGUCCAUAUUUGAACUUGUUUUUUUAUUGACUGCAAUUCCAAGACUUAUUGUAAUGCAGCGUCUCUAAUUUUGCUGCCUAUUAUCAC